AAUUUCAAAGGUAAGUUUGUGUGGACAGGAGUGAUGGAACGAGAAAACUUGAACAAGUGAAACACUCGAUUGUCUAUACUAAACGUCUCUCAUGUUUCUUCCUAUAUCUUUCACUGAAUUCUUUCAUCAUAUUAAAUAAUUGAUUGAUCAACCCUUGUUCCUCUGCUCUUGCAAGUAAAGAUGGGUCUUCUUCAACCAAUUCUAUAUGAAACAUCUUCACUUAGCAAAACACUCUCCUACUCACACCUUAUACCUCACACCUGUUUUCCCAGCACAGCAAAAAGAAGAACAGCAAAAACAGUUAGUGAACUUCGUUUAUCUUCACCAAAAGAUGUUCUACAACAUAAGCUAAAACGACACAACUCGAAAAGAUCAAUUCUGUGUUCUGCAUCAGUAACAGAAGUUGUUGGUGGUGGUUUAUCGGCAGAAGAUGAAAAGGUUCUGUUUGGAUCUUCAGUUGAAGAGAAAGGUGAUGGAUUGAAAGUGGAGUAUGAUUGGGAACAGGAAUGGUAUCCACUCUAUCUUGCAAAUGAUGUUCCUGAAGAUUCUCCUUUAGGUCUUACAGUGUUUGACAAGCAGAUUGUGUUGUAUAAAGAUGGCAAUGGCGAUUUCCAGUGCUACGAAGAUCGGUGUCCUCAUAGAUUAGCAAAACUCUCAGAAGGUCAAUUGAUUGAUGGAAGACUUGAAUGCCUCUACCAUGGAUGGCAAUUUGAAGGAGAUGGUAAAUGUGUAAGGAUACCUCAGCUUCCUGCCGGAGCAAAAAUUCCUCGAGCAGCUUGUCUAAGAACUUAUGAGGUGAAGAAUUCUCAAGGAGUAAUAUGGGUAUGGAUGUCAAACAAGAAGGAACCGAACUUCGAAAAGAUUCCAUGGUUCGAGAACUUUGCAAGGCCUGGGUUUAAAGACGUCUCUACCAUUCACGAACUUCCAUAUGAUCACUCCAUACUUCUUGAGAACCUAAUGGAUCCUGCCCAUGUUCCAAUUUCACACGAUAGGACAGACUGGAUGUCAAAAAGAGAAGACGCACAAGCACUCUUGUUCAAGUUGAUGGAAAGAACUGACAGAGGAUUUGCUGGUCAAUGGGGCAGGGAACAAGAUAAGGAAACUCCAAAUUUCUUAAGAUUCGAGGCACCAUGUGUUCUUCAGAACAACAGAGAGAUUGUUGGGAAAGAUGGGGUCACACAUUACUUCACCGGUUUAUUUCUAUGUCGACCUGCUGGACAAGGUAAAUCUAUGCUGAUUGUGAGGUUUGGAAGGACGAAAACGUUGCUCUUGGCAUCACUCUUUCCCAAAUGGUACUUCCACCAGAAUGCUUGUAAGGUUUUCGAGCAAGACAUGGGUUUUCUAUCGUCGCAAAACGAGGUUCUAAUGAAGGAGAAUAAACCAACAAAGGAGUUGUAUCUCAAUCUAAAAUCCUCUGAUACUUGGGUUGCAGAGUACAGGAAAUGGAUGGAUAAAGUGGGUCAUGGAAUGCCUUAUCACUUUGGGCAUUCCACUAUUUCACUACCAAAAGAACCUGCAGUGGUGGAACAUGCACCUGCUGGGUUUUUUGCUAAUGUUUCAGCUUCUUUACCAGCCAAGGGAGGACUUGGAAUGAUGCAAGCUCCGAAUCUAUCAAACAGAUACUUUCGUCAUGUGGUCCAUUGCAAGAACUGUAGGAACGUCGUGAAAGCUUUUGAAUUUUGGAAAAAAUCUCUUUCAGCAGUGGCUGUUAUUUCUGCUACAAUGGCAAUUUUGGUGACAGGUCGACAGUGGAAGGCAUUGCUUUUGGUUUCAACAGCAAUUUUCUCGGCUGCUGCUUAUGCUUGCUCAAGUGCCAUAGCACUGAAUACAACCAACUUCAUCAGGACACAUAGGAGACUGUAAGCAAGAGCAAUUAAUUGAUCAUCGUGACCGAGUCAUCUUUUUCGGAGCUCGUGCAAAUUAGUAGAUAAUACCAUUAAAGUGUUCCUACUUCAUACACAUUAUUUAUACAAGAGUUUUCUUGUUCUGGCCACGGCAUUCA